AUGCCUAUCAUUCCUGAUCCCGAAACCUUCCCUGCGGCUUCCCAGAAGGGCAGCAAUGAGCCCCAGACUAAAUCCGAGGAGAAGCCGAAAGCUUCAGCCCUCGAUCAUAUCUCCAAGGGGCCACAGAUUCCCGACGAGAUGCCGCCAAAGGCCUCACACGAGGAGAUCGAGGAGCGCAUGAAGGAGUUGAACAAGUCCAAGAAAGACUGA